GCUCCACUUGUAAGAUUUAUUAUGAAUUUUCAUUAUAAUACAAUUGUCAGCUUCCUCUCACAUUUGCUUUAGGAGCUAGUGUAGGAGCAGGGCAGACAACAGCUUCCAUCAGUUAGGGUGAGGGCAGCAGGGGAUUAGGUCUUGGCAUAAUUUAAGGUACAGUAUAUGGUAGGCCUACAGUUCUGUACACACCUGCCUAGGAAUAAGCCCUUUUGAACUUGGCAGGGAUUACUUGCGGCCGGCACCAAUAGGGUUACAUUACAGGCCUCCUGUUUUACUCUGCAAAAUAGCAGAGGAUAUAAUUGUGUUUCCAAUUCUGCUUUUCCAUUACUGCAAUGUUCCCCUGCAGCUACCCGUGAAUCAACCCCACUGUGUCUGUUAAUUAUAACAGUAUGGAUGUGGUGAAGAGUAUACAUUCACAUGCCCAACUCCAUAAAGAAAAUGGGUAUCUUAUGUGACUGGAAAACAGUCAGGGUAUGCAUGUUAAACACACACACACACACUUUAAAUUAUGCUUGUUGAUGUAAACUAUUGUAUUAAAUAGCAGUAUGUGACUGACAAACUUUGCUUUCCCUUUGAGGAAUUAUCUUGUUGCACUAUAAUAGUGAGCCCAGGUUACUUCUUUCACAGAGCACUCUUCUUACUCUCACCAACCACAUGAGUUGUGGUGACAAGAGGAGGCCCUAAAUGAGGCAUCCCCAAACUUCGGCCCUCCAGAUGUUUUGGACUACAAUUCCCAUCUUCCCCGACCACUGGUCCAGUUAGCUAGGGAUCAUGGGAGUUGUAGGCCAAAACAUCUGGAGGGCCGCAGUUUGGGGAUGCCUGCCCUAAAUUCUCUCUUGCACCUUUCCCAUGCAUACAUAUACAUAGGAAGCUUCCCCAAGGUAGGGCACUGGAUGGGCCAUCUGCCUCAGUGUUGCCCACUGACUGACAGCUACUCUCUGCAAUGGGUCAGACAAGGGGUCUUUGCUAGUCUUGCCUGGAGAUUGCACCUGAGACCUUCUGCAUGCAAAGCACCUGCUCUACUACUGAGCGACACAUGAAGCGAGGAGUUCUAGUCUGUUGUCGACAGUACCUACGAACGAUGGAACUACUCUGAAUUCUGAGGUGUUCGAAGCCUGACGUGCUCCUAGAAACCUUAUUUUUAAAAAUCCCUCACGUCAAAAUACUGUACUCCCGCUGGAGAGCGAUGGCCCCGCCUCCAAUUCAAAUUUGAAGCCCCGUCCUUUUCCCGCCCGAAUUUGUUUUGAAACUGCAUCGACGUAGCCACGCCUGGUCAAGCCUUUCAGCCAAUGAGAGCGCUAGUUUCCCAGGCCACGUCCGCCGAAGGAUGAGAUUCAAAACAAGUCAGCUGGGUGGGCUCGCGGAGCUUCAGAGGGUCACGGGUGUUGGGAGUUCCGGGCAGUUCGAAAAGCAGCUCUCGGCUCCUGGAGCGAAGCUUUCGGCCCGCGCCAAAACUGGACCCGGUUCCGAGGCCUGCCGCAGCUGCCGCCAGGGUUCGAAGGGGCGGGGUUAGAACCUCGGAGCGUUCGAAGGGGCGGAGUCGGGUUGGCUCCCGAAGGCAGUGGGUCGGUUACAGUGCAACAAAGUCUUCACUCGGUCCGAGUCUGUUGUCAUGGAGCUCGUGGCUAGCAACAUUCAGGUGCUGCUGCAAGCGGCGGAGUACCUGGAGCGCAGGGAGAGAGAAGCCGAACAUGGCUACGCUUCGCUGUCUCCUUACUCCGGGAAAGACUCGUUGCAGCCCCGGAAGAGGUCCAAGCCUCGGAAUGCCCUGCAAAACCUCAGAACUGUGCACAAUGAGCUGGAGAAGCACAGGAGGGCUCAGCUGCGUCAUUGUUUGGAUCAGCUAAAGCAACAGGUCCCCAUGAACACGGAGUGCUCUCGUUAUACAACCCUUAGUCUUUUGCACAGAGCCAGGCUGCAUAUUAAGAAGCUGGAAGAGCAGGAGCAGAGAGCACAGCAACUGAAGGAGAGGCUACGCUGUGAGCAGCAGAACCUGCACCAGCGGCUGGAAGAGUUGCUGGCUCAUUCCAGUGUGGAGAGGCUGCGAACAGAUAGCCUGGACUCUUCUCGGUUCUCCUCCGAACGCUCCGAUUCAGAAGAUGCAGAGGUGGACGUGGAAGGUCUGGCAUUCAGCAGCGUUGAAGAGGAUGUUGUGGCUGCCUUCAGCACUGGGCAGGAACACAGUUAUUCCAGUGCCAGCAACUUUUGGUUAUGAUGGACAGAAGCCUAGUUAUAAGGGCAGCUCUCACCCAGAUGGAUUUCCAGCAGCAAAGCCAGGAUUUCAUGAAUUGAAUUUGGCUCUGAACAAGACUCUGCAUGGCGCAAAGGACAGUGCUACCCACGUCGUACCUCUACCUUCCUGCUAGACCAAGCCGGAAUAUUUUCUAGAGACUUUGAUAAAAGACUUGGAUUACUCAAUAAUCGGGCAGGGCUGAAAGAAGGGUGAGAUCCCCACAGCACUUAAUGUGUACCAGGCAGCUUACACUAUGCAUGGGGUAGCUAUAUGGUUCUGUGUGCCCCACCCGCUGUGAAAGCUUGUGUGUCUCAUCUCCUAGUCAGAAAGAGGAGGUAGAGUUGGCCUGUUAAGGACUAGAAGCAAGCUUCAACAAGGGCAACAGUAGACCAUGACAUACUGAAUCAUUCCAACUUUAUAGCAGAGAUGCACUUAGUUCCAGGACUGCAGGAUGAACAAGCUAGCAAAACUGGGUUGCUCUUAUCUCUAAGUUCUCAACACGGAAUGGGUUGCACCAAGGGGAGCUGGGAACAGCUAGGACAAUGCCUAGUGGGCUCUCAUUCCAUGGCACAUUCCACCCAAUUGAAGCAUCCUGAUUUUCCCUGGAACAAACAUUGCUUCCGUUUUGUGACCCAUCCGCUUAUGUACUCAGCAGUAUUCUA